GAGAGAGAGAAACAGAAAUAGAAACGAGCUUGCAGAAACUGAUUAGUUCUCCGAUCAACGACCGCCGGAGAAGAAUAAGGAGAAGGAGAAGAUGCUUCCCACGAAUUCAUCAAAAGGGAGAACGAGCUCUUAUGCUCGACAGAAUCCCGUUUUCCCUCAAUACAUCCGCAGAAUAGUCAAGUGGCAACAAAUGGACAUUGAAUAUACUUUCUGGCAAAUGCUUAACCUAUGCACCUCUCCAAAAGUGGUAUAUCAGCACACUAAAUACCACAAACAAACAAAGAACCAAUGGGCUCGUGAUGAUCCUGCAUUUGUUGUAAUAUGCAGUCUUCUUUUGAUAGUUGCUACUUUAGCUUACUGUGCUGCGUAUGACCAUAGUGCAGGGCAUGCUGUUUUUGUAAUUAUCUCAGUGUUGCUUUUUCAUUUUUUAGUAGCUGGAGCUGUAUUGGCUACAUGUUGUUGGUUCUUGACAAACAAUUAUCUACGAGAGGAAGCUCCAAGCAGUCACGUGGUGGAACAACGGGUCGAAUGGUUGUAUGCAUUUGAUGUCCACUGCAACUCUUUCUUCCCAGUGUUCAUCAUGCUUUAUGUCGUACAUUAUUUUCUUUCCCCUAUCUUGGUUACUCAUGGUUUCAUUCCCCUUCUACUAUCAAAUUUGCUCUUCAUGAUUGCUGCAUCCUACUAUCAUUACCUCAAUUUUUUAGGUUAUGAUGUAUUGCCCUUUUUGGAAAGGACCACGCUCUUCCUUUACCCAAUUGGCAUUGUCAUUGUCCUUUCACCUAUUUUUAUUUUGAGCGGCUUCAAUCCAUCAAGGUAUUUCAUGAACAUUUACUUCAGCAGAGCGUUGUGAUUGCAGCUUAGACUCGUUAUAGGUACAUAUUACUACCUUAGAUACCCCUUCAGAUGCCAUGAGCUGUAGGACAACCGAGAUGCAAUCAAUCAUUUACCAGUUUCGUUAUAUCUUUAAUGGAACGCAAUCAUUCACUGGUUUCAUUAUAUCUUCAAUGGAAUGGCGGCCGUGUUCAUGCCAUAGUUCUCUGGUAUGGCCUUUUACAGUUAGGAAUGAUAAUUGUAAUUGAGGGGAGGUGUUAGUGUAUUUGUAUGGUGAAAAAGCUAUUCAGUGUAAAGAUUUUGUUUUCUUGAUUGUGCACUAAUUGUCAAUGAUGAAACCACAGCUUCUUGCUUGCACUUUACCUGAGAACAGUGUUCUUAA